CGAUGGGCUGGUGGGGCAGCGCGUAUUCCUUACCUCUCCUCCAAAAGGCCACACCCCACACAAGGCCCCCAUUGUGUGUUGGGGAACAGUAGCCCCACAGUAUUACGUUGGCUGCCUCUCGUACAAGGAAGCAAGCGGCUCUCGCUCUGGCGACUUCAGCCAGAAAUGAGGCAGAGAGGCGGCAGGCAGGGCAGGUGGCAGAAGCGCAAAGGCGCACGCUCUAGGGCCGCGCGGGCGCCUCGUGCCCACAUGCCCGCUGUGCGCGGGCGCCGCUGCACCUGGAGGCGGAGCCAGACCCCACAGCCACCCGCUCCCGAGCGCGAAGCCCCCUCCCGCUGUAGAUGCGCGCAGGUGCGUGAGGCAGCGUCCGCCCAAGACCUGGUAGACUUGGUCGGAUCAUGGAGCACAUCCGCACCCCCAAGGUUGAAAAUGUCCGCUUGGUAGAUCGAAUAUCUUCUAAAAAAGCAGCCCUAGGUACUUUGUAUUUGACGGCUACUCAUGUCAUAUUCGUGGAAAAUGCAACUGACACAAGAAAAGAAACAUGGAUUCUUCACAGUCAGAUUUCCACCAUUGAAAAGCAGGCAACAACGGCUACUGGAUGCCCUCUGCUUAUUCGUUGCAAGAACUUCCAGCUAUUACAACUCAUCAUACCGCAGGAGAGAGACUGUCAUGAUGUGUACAUUUCUCUGAUACGUCUUACAAGGCCAGUGAAAUAUGAGGAGUUAUACUGCUUUUCAUUCAACCCCAAGCUGGAUAAAGAAGAAAGAGAACAAGGCUGGAUGCUGAUUGAUCUUAGUGAAGAAUACAAGCGCAUGGGCCUCCCUAAUAAUUAUUGGCAGCUCAGUGAUGUGAAUAGAGACUACAGAGUUUGUGAUUCUUACCCAACUGAACUGUACGUUCCCAAAUCGGCCACGGCACACAUCAUAGUGGGGAGUUCCAAAUUCCGGAGCAGACGGCGAUUUCCUGCCCUGUCUUACUACUAUAAAGAUAACCAUGCCUCCAUCUGUCGGAGCAGCCAGCCCCUGUCAGGCUUCAGCGCCCGGUGCCUGGAGGAUGAGCAGAUGCUCCAGGCCAUCAGGAAAGCCAAUCCAGGAAGCGACUUCAUUUACGUCGUUGACACUCGGCCUAAGCUUAAUGCCAUGGCCAAUCGCGCUGCAGGGAAAGGCUAUGAGAAUGAAGACAACUAUUCCAACAUCAAGUUUCAGUUUAUCGGGAUAGAGAACAUCCAUGUCAUGAGGAACAGUCUGCAAAAAAUGCUGGAAGUGUGUGAACUUAAAUCUCCCUCCAUGAGUGACUUUCUGUGGGGACUAGAGAACUCUGGCUGGUUAAGGCACAUUAAGGCCAUCAUGGAUGCAGGACUCUUCAUUGCAAAGGCAGUUUCAGAGGAAGGGGCAAGUGUGCUUGUCCACUGCUCCGAUGGCUGGGACAGGACUGCUCAGGUGUGCUCGGUGGCCAGCCUGCUGCUGGAUCCGCACUACCGGACUCUGCAGGGCUUCAUGGUAUUAAUUGAAAAGGACUGGAUUUCCUUUGGUCAUAAGUUUAAUCACAGAUACGGCAAUCUAGAUGGUGAUCCAAAAGAAAUCUCUCCAGUUAUUGACCAGUUUAUUGAGUGUGUUUGGCAGUUAAUGGAACAAUUUCCCUGUGCAUUUGAGUUCAAUGAGAGGUUUCUGAUUCACAUUCAACAUCACAUUUAUUCUUGCCAGUUUGGAAACUUCCUAUGUAACAGCCAAAAGGAGAGACGAGAACUCAAAAUUCAAGAAAGAACAUAUUCUUUAUGGGCUCACCUGUGGAAGAAUCGGGCCGACUACCUGAAUCCUCUAUUCAGAGCUGAUCACAGUCAGACCCGGGGAACCCUACCUCUCUCCACAACGCCAUGCAACUUCAUGUACAAGUUUUGGAGUGGAAUGUAUAACCGCUUUGAAAAGGGACUGCAGCCCCGACAAUCAGUUACAGACUACCUCAUGGCAGUGAAGGAGGAAACCCAGCAGCUGGAGGAGGAACUGGAAGCCCUAGAAGAAAGGCUGGAAAAAAUCCAAAAAGUCCAGUUAAAUCACAGUAAAGUGAAGAGUAAGCCAAGUGAACCCAGCAAACACUCAGGGUUUUCUACCUCAGACAACAGCGCAGCCAACACGCCCCAGGAUUACUGUGGGAAUAUAAAAUCAUUUCCAUCCAGGAGCCCUUCACAAGGUGAUGAAGACUCUGCUUUGAUUCUAACACAAGACAAUUUGAAAAGCUCAGAUCCAGACCUGUCUGCCAACAGCGAUCAAGAGUCCGGGGUGGAGGAUUUGAGCUGUCGGUCUCCCAGUGGUGGAGAGUGUGCUCCAAGCGAAGAUAGCGGCAAGGACCGGGAUUCCGAUGAAGCCGUGUUUCUCACAGCCUGAAGCUUCCUUUUGGAGUUCCUAAACAAAGAACACCCAAGAAACACUUUCCAAACAUAAGGGAACAGUGCAAUUUAAGAUAAAAAAAAUAACUCAAGAAAUGGUGCGUGCCACUGCAAAUUAUAAAGUGUAGCAAUGAACAAGGGGAGGGAAAG